GGGCUGCCCUGCUCAAAGCACGGAAGCCGGAUCACUACCACUAUGACCAUGAGACUUUCGAGUCUCUUGUUGAGCAGAUUGCUGGUUAUUUUGCGCUCGCUAUCCCAAACGAGGCCGCACCGGUGGCGCAUAUCACUGGACGGGCAAUUCAGCUAAAGGAGCGCUGUGGAGUGCCUCAGGAGCAAAUCCAGCAACUAGACCGUCCGCAUAUCUUCUUUGACACUCUACACUCGGCAACGGUGUCGCAAAGAAACCUCUCAUCGCUGGAGGUGAGACGAGGCGUUUACUACGCCUUUUUCGGCAAGCCCUCCCCAACAACCUCCCCACGUGCUUCUCCGGGGCAUCCAUCGUCCAGCGAGCCUCUUUCACCAUUGUUUAUCCCCAGUUCCGAGAUCAGAGUCGGAACCGGCAUAUGACAAUAUGUCGAUAAACGGCUCUGAUGAGGCGUCAUUCCAUGGCCGUCAGGAUCGUUCGGAAACCCCUGAAGAACAACAUCAGAGGCAAGGAGAUCGAUGGCAUCGACACCAAGAAAGACAGCCGGCGGUGGAGCACGGCCCACCUCUUCUCCAAGAGCCUUCCAUAUCAAGUUCCAUAAGAGCGGCAUCUACUAUCUCUGAGGUCAUGGAUAUGGAUUGUGAAAGGUCUGACGCAGGAGAUCAGAUUCGACGGCAGAGUGUCGAACAACAGCCGGCAGGUAGCAGAGGAAUGGGUUCUGGCAGUGAGGAACCGGAUGAUACGGAGAUCGAUGAAGAUGACCUACGUAACCGAUCAGAGGGUAGGAGUCCAGGGGUGGAGGGCACAGCCACUGUGGUUUCUUUGACUUCAGGGGCGCCACGUGAUACGGAUAUGUCCAGCGUGCCAGUUGAGGGAGCAGAUGCAGUGGACGGGGCCAUGGACGUGGGUUCUUCCGCACUGACCCAAUCCGAGUCGGUGGAAGAUCGUGCUGGAAUACCAGCUACAUUAUCACGCCAGUCAACUGUUCAGUCACCAACAAUCUCCACAGUUCUUAAGGAUACGACGUGGAAACCAUAUGAUGCUACACAGAAAGGCAACUGCAACGUGACAAAAAGAUCGCUUGCCGCUCGAGGCCAGUCGAUCGCACAGGGUACUAUGACCAACUCGGAGCCAAGCGCGGAGCAACGGCCUGGAUUUGGUCCGUUGCAACCCAUCGCAGAGCACACUGAACUGGAAGUAACUCGGUCGGUCGACGAGCCGGAUGGCGCGGAGCGUAUUUCUGGAGGAUCAUUACCAGCUGAAGCUCAGCAAGGAACAGUCGGAGAGCAAAUUCCGCCCGGAACGGAACUCAUCGCUGGAGCGGGUGGAGAAUCCCAAGAAGAUCUAGUCGCCCGGGAGCGCGCGGAUGCUCUCGACCAGCUACAAACACCUGGGACUAUCCCCCGGCCUCUGACUGAGCUUCCCCUUGACUUGCCGGAUCUGAUUACACGAUUGCGGGAUGAGGGAAGCCAGCUGAAGGAUGAAAGUGUACCCCUUGCCAAUCAUCCAACGCAGGGACAUCCGGAACCAGGGGCUGGAGUUGCUCCGCCACGUACUGAACCCCCCGUGCCCAGUGCGAUGGAGAACUCGCGUGGUAGUCCACGGGACGAUGAGAAUGUCCCACAGUCUCCCCGUCAGCGCCUGAGAACCAGUCCGCAACCACGCAAAUCAGAUGGCGUGCGGAAACUGCGGGCGAAGAACCGACCGACGCAUCAAGAUCUCAAUCGGGCAGGAACUCGGGAUGCCGCCAUCGCAGAUGAAUUAUGGAAUAGUGAUGACGGGGACGAAAACUUGGCCGGUGUUGCUGACGCGGGCCCCUCUCCACUGGACACCGAACGAUACCUAGCCAAUACACCUAACCCCGAACAGGCUCAACGCGAAGCGAUUGACAGACAGGAAGAGGAGGAUUCCCUGUUUGACACUCCGCAUUCGUUGGAAGAAGCGGAUUCCCAAGAGAUGGAAGAGGCCCAGCGGCGGGUCACGAUAACCUUUCAGGUCUACGAGCGAAGUCAAUGGAGCACUACGGAUGUGGUGUCUGUGAGCCUUGAUCACCUUACCGAGGCGCAAACUCUCGCCGACAGAUAUGCACGGGACCCCAACCGGAAUGCGCGUUUCUACGAUGGCCAACUUCGCAAAGUUGCGGUCGAUGAGUGCAUUCGCGCUGCGAUUGAGGAUGGUAGUUUCACCGUCCGGAUGAGUUUUGGAAGGGACCUCGUGGUGACCCGGCAGCUUGUCGCGUCUAUAGCACCACUUCGGGCUGUUGGCGGUGAUGAGCCAGCACGUGGGCAGGACCAACCUGGAAAGCGGGUGAAAGCCAACGCCGGCACUGCGUUGACCGGACCCGUUCAGACGCCGGAGGAUCCAGCUCCGACGGCGACCAGCGCACCCACCUCGAGUGUGAGCGAGCGACGCAACCGCAAAACACUCACGCCUCGGAUCGUCGCUCGGCGGGCGCAGGAUGUACGGCCCCAUCAGGCAGAGGCAACUCCUCAGCCCGUGACGAUCGUGUUCCGGGUCCGAGAAAACGACGGGCGUUGGAAGACGGCGCACGAGGUGGUCGUUGAUCGGUCGGAUCCAUCACAGGUAGAACGGGUGGCGAGAAAGGAGGCGAGAAACCGGCAGGCAACGUUCUACGAUAAGAAUCUGCGGCUGCUCACGCCCGCACAAUGCUUCAAGGCGGCCAUUGAGGAUGACACCAAUACCAUCUUUAUGCACUUCGGGGGGGGAGCUUGCGAUGGACGAAGACACGAUGAGGUCGAUCGCACGCGACGUGGAACUGUGAGGCCAAGGAUCUUCCUUAGUUACAUUGGGCGGUCGGGAGACUAGAAGGGCCGCAAACAUGUAGGCAGACGACUGUCUGGGCCUGGCAGCCGCCAUGGACGCCAGUUGGCGGUCCUCCGUCCAUGGUGGUCGUACGACCGGCGCCC